UUGAGGUUUCAGGUCGUCAAAAUUGGCGCGCGACACAGCAAACGUGACAAAGUAAGAUCUAAAGUGAGUGGGACAUGCGGGAAACGGGGAUUUUCGGGGGAAAAUCAUGGAAUACUGGGUUUUGCAGAGAAGCGCAGCAAGAACUCGCGAAAAGACUAUGAAAAGAUCGUCUUCGAUGCGCGAAGAAGAGGAUACAACGAAUGUGCAACAAAAUUUGAGUCAAAGAACGGUGAGCUCGGAUUUUCCAUGAUUUUUGACGAAUUUUUGCAAUUUCGGCAAGAUGAAAGGCAUAUAAUGUGUAAAAAUGAAGAUUUUUUGAUUGAAAAUCUGCAAAAAAAUCCAAUUUCUUGGACAAAUCAACGAUUUCAAAGCAAAAACCAAAGUUUGUCGCACAAAAACAAAACAAAAAGUGUCGUUUUCUCUGCGUCUCUUCACAACCAGCUGUUGUUAGAGAGAUAGGGCACAGCGCUCGGCAGCAAAUUUUUCUCAUUUUCAAUCACUUUUCCAUCUCCCCCCGCACCUUUUCCCUAUUUUUCCCUAAAAAACCAAAAAAAAUUCAAAUUUCCCGCAGAACAAGCCGCCUCCCUCGAAACGAUCGGUUGAUUUGGGUCUCGAAGCGAUGAAUAUGAAUGGUACGGUAGAUUUUGGCGCCAAUUUCGAAUUUUUGAAUUUUGCAGGAAAUCAUGAGACGGAGAAGUGCCACGUGGAGAAGAUGAGCGAUGCGGACGCGGAACGCGUCGCGGUUUUGGAUUUUGGCGCGCAAUAUGGGAAGGUGAGGCGAAAAUUCCACGUUUUUUGACACCAAACAUCCCCUACAGUACUCUCAAGGGGUACUGUAACUACUGUAUUUAAAGGAACAUUCCUCAAAUGCUCUUUCUACAGUAUUCCAAAGUUUAAAAGAACAUGAGAAUUUUCAAGCUACAGUAAGCUUCUCGAAAUUUUAAAGGAACAUGCUCCUAAAUGUUAGGAGAACCUACAGUAUUUCAAAGGAACAUGAUGAAAGCAGCGUACAGUAAUCCUUAAAGGAACAUAGCCCAAAUUCACUACCUACAGUACCCCUCAUCUUAAAGGAACAUCCCCAUUUUGCAGGUCAUCGAUCGACGUGUCCGCGAGCUCCGCGUGCUCUCCGAAAUGUUCCCACUCAACACCACCGCCAAACAAUUGAAGGAACUCGGCGGAUUCAAGUACAGUACCCCCCUACAGUACCCCUGACCUACAGUACCCCCCAUUUUUUUUUUUGCAGAGCCAUCAUCAUUUCGGGCGGUCCGGCAAGUGUCUACGCGGCCGACGCGCCACAAAUCGAUCCCGAAAUUUUCACGUGCGGUUUGCCGGUUUUCGGCAUUUGCUAUGGAUUUCAGGUACAGUAAUCUUCUUGUCAGGGGUACUGUAGCGGCGAAAAAUUUGCGAUUUUUUGAAUAAAAAUUUGGGGUACUGUAGAUUUUGGCACGAAAAAUUGAGCUACAGUAACCCGAAUCCAGUCAGGACCCAUAGCUUGUGAGGUGUCAAAAUAACCGUAAUUUCUAGUACGGGGUGACACAUAAUUAUUUGUGCAUCAAAAAUUCCAUAUAUCUCUGUUCAAAAACAACUAAUGAUCUUAGAUGUUUUUUUUAUUUUUUUCCAAACAGUACUAGUUUAAAGUUUUUCAUUCGAUUAGUGAUACAUUUUUCAUGUUUUUUGAAUAUGCACUUCGAUUUGAGUUAGAUCAGGUUGCGCUCUGUACGCACGGUUGAGCAGAUGUUCAUUGAAUUUUACAUUGUAUCAAAGUAUCCGAGAAACUAUUAUUGCGUGGAUUUUAUUCAUAUAUGGUUAGGAAACACCCAAAAAAAUUUUUGGCUCCUGACAUCACGUACAACAGUAAUGAGCCCAUGUAAUGAAUUUGCACAAAAAACAAGAAAAAAGUCCAAUUUUCACAUUUUCCUGAUAAUCAAAGUAUCAAAUCGUUUUACAAAUGACUUCGAUUUUCUAAAAACACAAAAACAUAUCAGAGAUACGUUUCUAGUUUGAUUUAUAACCAUUCUCGGUCAAACAUAUACAUUCAGAGCCGAAAUAUGGUUCUAAAAGCUGAUUUUUGAGGUGUUUUGGAUUUCCUUACUGCAUAGUACCAAAAAUUAUUUUAACAACAAGUCUGUAACUGUAAAAAGACUAAAUUUGAUAUCAGAAAUAAUAUUUGAGCGCUCAACUAUGAAUAUGACAACAGAUACAAUCAGGCUUUUCAGUGAAAUUCAGAAUUUAUCGAAAUUGUGCAAACUGCGUACAUGAGGUUUUUCAAUGUUUCUUCAGUCGACCUAAAUUCAAAUAAAAUUGGUGAAAACUCUCUAAAACUUUUCUGGUGUAGUUUUUAUUAUAUUUUUCAAAUUUUCCAACGUGGAAGUCACGUUUUCCACGCUUUAAACCAAGUUUAUAGAGCGAAACAUGAUUUUUGGGGAUUUUUCGUAGAUUUUCAACAUCCGCAUAAGAUCUGGGAAUAAUGAAUGAUGAUCAACUUUCAUUCAGUGAAUUUUAUACAUUUUUAUACACUGAAAAACAUCAAAAAAUAAUAUCACAUCUAUAAAUAACAAUAUCGUUAUAAAAUACUGAUACAAAAACUAGAGGUUUGUAAAAAAGGCAAUAUCCGAAAAAAAAUCACCCUGUAGAUCAAGAUUUCGGCGAGAAAAAUUGAACUACAGUAACCCAAAUCCACUCAAGACCCAUUGAAUUUGGUUUCAAAAUUACCGUAAUUUCUAGUAGAUCAAAUUUUGGCGCUAGAAAUGAAGCUACAGUAACCCAAGACCCAUCAUGUGGGGUUUCAAAAAAACCGUAAUCAUCUGUAGAUCAAGAUUUUGGCGCGAAAAUUUAACCUACAGUAACCCAAGACCCGUCAUGUGAGAUUUCAAAAUUACAGUAAUUUCUAGUAGAUCAAAUUUUGGCGCUAGAAAUGAAGCUACAGUAACCCAAGACCCAUCAUGUGGGGUUUCAAAAUAACCGUAAUCAUCUGUAGAUCAAAAUCAACUAUAUUUUGCCGCCAAAAAACCUACAGUACCCCCCACAUUUCCACCCAAGAUCCAUUGAAUAAGGCCCAAUUUUUGCAGCUUCUCAACAAAUUCGCCGGCGGUCGUGUUUCGCGCGAGCAAAUUCGCGAAGACGGUGCCACAAAAAUCGCCAUCAACAAACACGUGGCACUCUUCGAAGGCCUGUCGGAUUGCGAACAAGUUCUGCUAACUCACGGCGAUUCGGUGGGCGAGGCAAAUGUUGCGCCGAAUUUCGAGAUCAUCGCCAAAAGUGGGCAACAUGUGGCUGGAAUUGCGGAUGAGAAGAGGAAAUUGUACGGUGUGCAAUUUCAUCCCGAAGUCGAUUUGACUAUUAAUGGCGGAAAAAUGUUUGAGAACUUUUUGUAUAAGGUUGGUGAGGUUUUUGGGGUGAAAAAUGCUCGAAAAUGAGCCCUGCAGCUUGAAAAUGCUCAUUUUUGAGCUAAAAAUUAAGAAAAAUGACCCAUAGACCUUGAAAAUCACGAUUUUUGACUAAAAAUAGCAAAUGCGCUCCAUUGAACUCUUUGCUUUUUGUUGAAAAAUUCGAAUUUUCAAUUUUUUUUCUUUCUCAUGAUGAAUUGAGCCAUUUUUCACUGAAAAUUUGGAAUUUUCAGUCGAAUUUCGGGAAAAAAAAUUACCCGAAAAAAAUACGUUUCAAAAUUUUUGUGUAAUAAAUUUUCAAAUAUUUUUCUUUGAUUGGAGGUUGUUGGGCUCCAAAAAAUGAAAAAAUUUUUUGAAAAUCGAAAAAAUGAUUUAUUGCUCAUGUUAAAUUCCCAGAAAUUCCAAAAUUUCAACAAAAUCUCAAAAAUCAUCAUAAGAAAAAAAAAUUGAAAAUUUGAAUUUUUCAACGAAACGGUGAGAGUUCAAUGGAGCGCAUUUGCUAUGUUUAGCCAAAAAAUCGUGAUUUUCAAGCUCCGGGGCUCAUUUUUCAUGAUUUUUGCUCCAAAAGGACCAUUUUCGAGCUCCAGGAUCCAUUUUGCUUAAUUUUCAACUCAAAAUCAUAUUUUAGCCCAAAAUUCAACAUAAGAAAAAAAUUGAAAUUUUGAAUUUUUCAACAAAACGGUGAAAGUUCAAUGGAGCGCAUUUGCUGUUUUUAGUCAAAAAUCGUGAUUUUCAAGCUCCGCGGCUCAUUUUUCAUGAUUUUUGGCUUAAAAUUCAUCAAAAUUUUCAUUUUUUGGCUCAAAAAAUCGCAAUUUUCUUCCAGAUCGCCGGAUGUCAAGGCAAAUACACAAUGAAAUCUCGUGAACAAUCUUGCAUCGAUGAAAUUCUCCAAACAGUUGGCGAUAAAAAAGUGUUGGUAAUGGUGUCUGGCGGAGUCGAUUCGACAGUUUGUGCAGCACUUUUGAAUAAAGCACUAGGAGCUGAAAGAGUUACAGCAAUUCAUAUUGAUAAUGGAUUUAUGAGAUGGAAAGAGUCGGAUGCGGUGGAGAAAUCGCUGGCCGAUGUGAAUUUGCCAGUUUUGAGAUAUAAUUUUGGAUCGACUUUUAGGUGAGGUUUUUCAGGGGAAAAAUGAGCCAGAGAGCUUGAAAAAUGCUCAAUUUUGAGCUGAAAAUCGUAAUUUUCAUGAAAAAUGAGCCCUGGACCUUGAAAACCACGAUUUUUGCUUAAAAAUAGCAAAUGCGCUCCAUUGAACUUUCCACUUUUUUGUUGAAAAAUUCAAAUUUUCAUUUUUUUUUUCAGCUAAAAAUUGAAUUUUGUUCUGGGAAUUCGAAAAUUUUCUAAUUUUCUGUAACAUGAGCAAUGGUUUUGAUCAAAAAAUUUCAUUUUUUUCAAUUUUGCAUAGAAUUUCUGAAUUUCCAAGUUCCUGGGCUCAAAAAUUCUCAAAUUUUCAGUCAAAACUUGAAAAUUUGUCUGAAAAUUUGCUUUUUUUCAAGCUCCAGGGCUCAUUUCAGCUCAAAUUGCCCAUAACAUGAGCAAUGUCAAAUUUCAGGUCUCAAAAAUAAAGAGCGUUGCUCAUAAUUAGGAAUUUUAGCUGAAAUUCCAAAAUUUCAACCUAGAAAUCUAUUUUCAGCCAAAGAAAAAAAAUUGAAAAUUUGAAUUUUUCAACAAAACGGGAGAAGUUCAAUGGAGCGCAUUUGCUAUUUUUAGUCAAUUUUUGGCCAAAAAUCGCGAUUUUCAAGCUCCGGGGCUCAAUUUUCUUGAUUUUUGAGCUCCAGAGCUCAGUUUUGGCUCAAAAAUCCCAAUUUUUUCAGAACCUCAACCGAAAAAGGCCUGGAAAACGAGAAAACCCUGGAUUGUGCAGUCGAACCGGAGCUCAAAAGAAGAAUCAUCGGAAACACGUUCAUACGUGUCAAAGAUAUUGUAAUGAAAAAAUUGAAUUUGAAACAGGAGGACUAUUUUCUGGCGCAAGGAACGCUGCGACCGGAUUUGAUCGAAUCCGCAAGCUUAUUGGCUUCCGGACACGCGGACACUAUUAAAACGCAUCAUAAUGAUACGGAAUUGGUUAGAGAGUUGAGAAAAGCUGGAAGAGUUAUUGAACCGUUGAAAGGUGAGCUUUUUUGGGCUGAAAAUUUGAAAAUAUCACAAAAAAUGAUGAAUUUUGAUACCGAAUAUGCUUAUUUUCGGCCGAUUUUGUUAAUAUGAGCAAUUCUUCAGAAAAUCCACGUAUUUUGACACUAAAAAUGGCUAUUUUUGGCCAAUUUUGUUAAUAUGAGCAAUUCUUCAGAAAAUCCACGUAUUUUGACACUAAAAAUGGCUAUUUUUGGCCAAUUUUGUUAAUAUGAGCAAUGCUCUAAAAGUUUGCGUUUUUUAAGCCCAAAAAUCAUUAAUUUUUGGGUGUUGAGACGAUUUUCUUACUGUAAGACUCAAAAUUAUCGAUUUUUCACUAAUUUUUGCGUCUUGAGACGAUUUUCUUACUGUAGGACUCAAAAUUAUCGAUUUUCACUCAAAAAAUCACUAAUUUUUGGGUCUUGAGACGAUUUUCCUACUGUAGGAUUAUUUGGAAUGAAAAUAACGCAUUUUUGGGGCUUAAAGACACACAAUCCACUAGAAAUGAACAGAAAAUGAGUUUGUUAUUCUUUCAUAACACCUUUCAAGUAAUCGGAAUUCAUAAAAAUCAAGAAAAAAUUUUGAGUCUGGCAAAAGUGAAAAAAUAAAAUAAUUGUUUUUGAAAUCGCUCAGCCGACGGAAAUUUGGAAAGUGUGUGCACACAGUGUGUCGCUAGAGCGCACAUGCUGGUUUUGUCGUUUGAAAAUAAAUGCGGGAAAUCUGUUUUUUCCAGUGGCUGAUGUGUCUUUAAAAGCCUACAGUACCCUAGGGCCUAAGCUUAGGCUUGUUUAGAUUCAAAAUAACGUAUUUUUAGCGCCAAAACCAUCUACAGUACCUUUUUAAGGUGAAACAUAACGCAAAAUUAUCGAUUUGCAGAUUUCCACAAAGACGAAGUUCGUGAAUUGGGCAAAGAUCUGGGCCUUCCCGAACAUUUGGUCCAACGACAUCCAUUCCCCGGCCCGGGCCUCGCAAUUCGCAUUUUGUGCGCCGAAAACGAAUAUAGAUGUCAGGAUUUCGAGGAGACGCAGAGACAUUUGGCCACAAUUUGUAAUGUCAAAUAUGAUGCGAGACCCGAAUCGAGACAAGUUGUCAAUUAUGUCAAACAAUUGUUGACGGAAGAUGAGAAGAGGAUUAUUGAUCGAGAUCAGGUUGGAUUUUUGAGCCCUAGAGCUUGAAAAAUGCUCUUUUUUAAGCUGAAAAUCAUUGAAAAUGAUGAAUUUUGAGCCCUGGACCUUGAAAAAUGGUCAAAAAUAGUUUUUUCGAGCGAAAAAUCAUGAAAAAUAACCCCUGGGCCAAGAAAAUCCCGAUUUUGAGCCAAAAAUUGACUAAAAAAAGAAAAUGCGCUCCACUGAACUUUCCAUUUUUUGUUGAAAAAUUCAAAUUUUCAAUUUUUUUUGAAAUUUUAAAUUUUGGAUCAAAAAUUGGAUUUUGAGCUUGAAAUUGAGCAAAAUGGGCCCCGGGAGCAUGAAAAUGCUCAUUUUUGAGCAAAAAAUCAUGAAAAUUGAGCCCAGGAGCUGAAAAAUCACGAUUUUUGAUUAAAAAAAAGCAAAUGCGCCCCAUUGAACUCUCACCGUUUUGUUGAAAAAUUCAAAUUUUUAGUUUUUUUUUUGGCCCAAAUAUGAUUUUGAGCUCAAAAAUCGAGAAAUUUCAGAUUUUCAGCUGAAAAUUCCUUAUGACAUGAGAAAAAAAUUGAAAAUUUGAAUUUUUCAACAAAACGGGAGAAGUUCAAUGGGGCACAUUUGCUAUUUUUAGUCGGAAAUCGUGAUUUUCAAGCUCCAGAGCUCAUUUUUUAUGAUUUUUGGCUCAAAAUUGAGCUCCAGAGCUGAUUUUUGCUCGAAAAAACCCCAAAUUUUCAGCCAAAAAUCAAUAUUUUUUCCAGCACGAAAUAAUUGCAACAACUCUCCUUCCGAUAAAAACCGUCGGUGUUCAAGGUGAUUCGCGAAGUUAUUCAUAUGUUGCCGCACUUUCGACAGAUCAAAGACCAAUUCCAUGGAAAUCGCUUUUCAUCUAUGCGCAAUUGAUUCCAAAAAUAUUGCAUAAUAUUAAUCGGUAGGUUUUGGGUGAAAAUGGGUGAAAAUCUGAAAAUUUUGAGCAAAAAAUCAUAAUUUUUGACCAAUUUUGAGCUAUAAAUCAUAAAAAAUGAGCCCUGGAGCUUGAAAAUCACGAUUUCUGACCAAAAAUAGCAAAUGCGCUCUAUUGAACUUCUCCCGUUUUUUUGAAAAAUUCAAAUUUUUAUUUUUUUUCCAAAUUUUUUGUGGAUCAGAUUUGACAUUGCUCAUGUUAAAUUUUCAAAAAAUUGAAAAUUAUCGAUUUUUUCCAUGUUUAGAAAGUCCACAAACUAAUAUGAGCAAUGCUCUGAAACAAAAGCCACGUGGCAAAAUUUCGGGGAUUUUUUUUAUAACAUGAGCAAUGCUUCAAAGGUGAAAAAAUCAUUGCUCAUGUUAGAACCUUAAAAAAUUGAAAAUUUGAAUUUUUCAACAAAACGGUGAAAGUUCAAUGAAGCGCAUUUGCUAUUUUUACUCAAUUUUUCGCUAAAAACAUGAUUUUCAGCUGAAAUUUUCAGAUUUUCAUUAAAUUUUGUAUCAAAAUGCUCCAAAUUUUCCAGAAUCGCCUAUGUUUUUGGUCCGGCCGUUCAUAUGCCUGUGGAAAAUGUGACCCGAACCCAUUUGGUCCCACCAACCAUCGAAAAACUUCAAAUCGCCGACAAAGCCGCCACAGAUGUGUUGUUCGGACGAGUUCGAGCCGACAAUUUUGUGAAAUUGCCCGAUUUGGGACACAAAGUUCAGCAGGUAGAGGAUUUUUUCGAAAAUUUGAUGAAAAAUGCGAGAUUUUGAGCUGAAAAUCAUGAAAAUCUGAAAAUUUUAACCCAGAAAUCGAAAAUUUGCGUUAAAAAAUAGGCAUUGCUCAGGUUAAAAAUAAUUUUAGGAUUUAUAACAUGAGCAAUGUUUUAAAAAUCAGAAAAUUCAAAAAUUUGCCAUUUUUGAUGAAAAAAUCCACAUUUUUAAGCUGAAAAUCAAGAAAAUCUGAAAAUUUUGAUCCAAAAAUCGAAUUUUUCCAGAAAAUUUGAAAAAAUUUCCGUUAAAAAUAGGCAUUGCUCAUGUUAAAGAAAUAUAUAUUUGAAUUUUGGCCUAAAAAUUAUAGAAAAAUUUAAAUUUGGUUUUAACAUGAGCAAUGUUGCCAAAAAUAGCUCUUGGAACCAUUUUUAGCCCAAAAAAUCACAUUUUUCAUCAAAUUUGGCUCAAAAUUCAUCAUUUUCAGCCAAAUUUUCACUAUUUUCAGUCAAAACCCUCUUUUUUUUUGCAGAUGCCAGUCGUAAUGAUUCCAGUGGAUUUCGAUCGCGACCCGAAUACCCAAAGAAAUUCCUACAAACACUCGUUCGUCCUAAGACCAUUCAUCACUUCGGAUUUUAUGACUGGAAUUGCAGCUGAGCCAGGAAAACACAUUCCAGAACAGGUAAUUUUUGGGAUUUUCACGUUUUUUUAGCCAAAAAUCAUUGAAAAUGAGCAAAAAUGAGCCCCGGAGCUUGAAAAACACGAUUUUUUGACUGAAAAUAGCAAAUGCGCUCCAUUUCAAAUUUUUAUUUUUUUUCUUGUGAUGAAUUUUAAGCAAAAUUUGUGAAAAUCUGAAAUUUUCAGCUAUAAAAAGAAUUUCAGCAUGAAAUUUUUUAAAAAUUUGAAUUUUCCGUAACAUGAGCAAUGGUUUUGAUCAAAAAAUUUCAUUUUUUUUCAAUUUUGCAUGGAAUUUCUGAAUUUCCAAGUUCCUGGGCUCAAAAAUUUCAAACUUUCAGUCAAAACUCGAAAAUUCGUCUGAAAAUUUGUUUUUUUCAAGCUCCAGGGCUCAUUUCAGCUCAAAUUGCCUUUAACAUGAGCAAUAACAAAUUUCUGGUCCCAAAAAUAAGGAGCAUUCCAAAAUUUCAACCUAGAAAUCUAUUUUCAGCCAAAAAAUUUAAUAAUAAGAAAAAAAAAUUGAAAAAUUUGAAUUUUUCAACAAAACGGUGAAAGUUCAAUGGAGCGCAUUUGCUAUUUUUAGUCAAAAAUCGUCAUUUUCAAGCCCCGGGGCUCAUUUUUCAUGAUUUUUGGCUCAAAAUUGAGCUCCAGAGCUCAUUUUUGCCGAAAUUUUCAGCCAAAACCCCGAUUUUCAGACAAUUCUCGAAAUGGAUUAUGCGAUUCGCUCAAGAGUUAUCGGAACAUCUCGUGUACUUUUGGAUUUGACGAGUAAACCACCAGGAACCACAGAAUGGGAAUAA